AGGCUGGCAGCCUUUGGACCGAGUGGCAGCGCUUUGUUUUAUACCUCGUUGCUGAUGCAAUUUGUCUGCAGUUUUCAAAUCGAUUCAAGAGUGUGUCAUUUAUAAAUCAAAAUGCCUACGGAAGAGUUGGCUGAGCUAACAAUAAGUUCGCUUUUUACAUCGGAAAAGCGGGGAAACGACGAGACAGGCGAUGGCAGCGAAUCCAAGCCAUAUAAGAGCAUUCUGCAGGCAAUGCGUCAUGCAGGAAAGGAACCCUUCCCCACCAUCUACGUGGACAGCAAGGAUCCCAAUGCCACGGAAGUCUAUGAGGUGGCUGCCAAGUCGCAAUUGAAGAAAAUUCAAAAGCUUUUCGUACGCGAGGGACACAAGAAUACCGAGAAGCAGCAACGCGAGGCCGAGGAUGCGGUGAAGCGUCAACAGAAUCUGGACGAGGCACGCAAAGUGAAGAUCAGCGAGGAUCCCAGUUGGCCAAAGGCCAACAAGAUCCGUAUCUUUGAGGGCACCGAGAAGCGCAACGAACGUGUCAAGAUUUAUGGUUGGGUGCAUCGUUUGCGUCGUCAAGGCAAAUCUCUAAUCUUUAUUACACUGCGCGAUGGCACCGGAUUCUUACAGUGCGUCUUGAAUGAUUUGUUAUGCCAGACUUAUGAGGCUUUAAUGCUGAGCACGGAGAGCACAGUGGUGCUCUAUGGCACAUUGAAACUGGUGCCCGAGGGCAAGACGGCGCCAGGUGGACACGAGUUGAACGUGGACUAUUGGGAAUUAAUUGGCUUGGCACCGCCGGGCGGCGCUGAUGCCAUUCUUAACGAGGAGGCGCACCCGGAUGUGCAGCUGGACAACAGGCACAUAAUGAUACGUGGCGAGAACACCUCCAAGGUGCUCAAGAUGCGAUCCAUUGUGAUGCAGGCAUUCCGUGCGCAUUACUUUGAACGUGGCUACAAUGAGGUGACGCCUCCAACUCUUGUCCAGACCCAGGUCGAAGGUGGCUCCACAUUAUUCAAGAUGCAAUACUUUGGCGAAGAGGCAUAUCUUACCCAGAGUUCGCAGCUCUAUCUGGAGACGUGUCUUCCGGCCUUGGGCGAUGUAUUCACCAUUGCCCAAAGCUAUCGCGCCGAGCAGAGUCGAACACGUCGCCAUUUGGCAGAGUAUACACACAUUGAGGCCGAGUGUCCGUUUAUUACAUUUGGAGAGAUGCUGGAUCGUCUGGAGGACUUGGUUAGCGAUGUCGUUGAUCGCGUUUUAAAAUCACCCUUUGGCUAUCUCGUUGGGGAACUCAAUCCCGACUUUAAGCCACCCAAGAAACCAUUUAGACGCAUGACUUAUGCGGAUGCCAUUAAAUGGCUCAAGGAUAACAAUGUCACCAAGGACGAUGGCACGUUCUAUGAGUUUGGCGAGGAUAUACCCGAGGCACCGGAACGCAAAAUGACUGAUGCCAUCAAUGAGCCCAUUCUUUUGAUUAAAUUCCCAGCUGAAAUCAAAUCGUUUUAUAUGCAACGCUGCGAGGACGACAAUCGCCUCACGGAGAGCGUUGAUGUCCUCUUGCCAAAUGUGGGCGAAAUUAUUGGUGGCUCCAUGAGGAUUCACGACAUCGACGAUCUGAUGAAGGGCUACGAACGUGAAGGCAUCGAUCCCAAGCCAUAUUACUGGUAUACAGAUCAACGUGUCUAUGGCACAAUGCCACAUGGCGGCUAUGGACUCGGCUUGGAACGCUUCCUCUGCUGGCUGCUCAACCGCUAUCACAUUCGCGAGGUCUGCCUGUAUCCACGCUUCCUCGACAGAUGCAAGCCUUAAGCGAGUGAUGACUCCCCUAUUCACAGCAUUUAAAACACAAAUUGAUACGUCUUAUAUCCAAUAUGCACUAACGUUCACAAUAAAAGCUUCUUCAAGAAAUAUA